AUGGAAUCAGGGUAUGCAGCGUGCAGUCCGGUUACUGUGAAAUUAGGAGACAGGUUCAUCCCCACACGUGCUGGCAGCAACUGGAGCAUAAACUUCCACUAUGCCAAUGAGAACUGUUGGUUACCCAAUCAGAAUCAGCGGGCGAAAGAUGCCAGUACAGACACGGGAAAAGAUGCUGUGGCGUACGCUGCACUGCUAAGGAACGAGCUGUUGGGAGCAGGAAUCGAAACCGUGCCUGAUCCACACACAGAUGACCGUCGUAACGCCCUCCUCACACAGGACACACACAGCCUCUUCAGGUACACCAUCCACACAAAGAGAGUGCCUUUUGACAAUGAAAUCUCUCCCUAUUCCCUCUCUCCUCUCAGUAACAAAAGUCACAAACUAUUGCGUUCACCCCGAAAGCCAGCACGCAAGAUUUCCAAGAUCCCAUUCAAGGUUCUUGAUGCCCCAGAGUUGCAGGAUGACUUCUACCUCAACCUGGUGGACUGGUCCGCUGGAAAUCUCUUGAGUGUUGGUUUGGGGGCCUGUGUUUACCUGUGGAGUGCCUGUACCAGUCAGGUGACGCGGUUGUGUGACUUAUCAGUGGACGGUGACUCUGUUACAUCAGUGUGCUGGAAUGAGAGGGGAAGUUUGGUGGCUGUAGGGACCCAUAAAGGAUUUGUCCAGAUUUGGGACGCAGCUGGAGGGAGGAAGCUGACCAGUUUGGAGGGACAUUCAGCACGCGUAGGAGCGCUUGCGUGGAACGGAGAGCAGCUGUCGUCGGGCAGCCGGGACAGAGUGAUUCUGCAGCGGGACGUGAGGACGCCUCCUCCUGUGGAGAGACGCCUGCAGGGCCACAGGCAGGAAGUGUGCGGCCUCAAGUGGUCACCUGACCACCAGCACCUCGCCUCUGGAGGGAACGAUAACAAGUUGCUGGUGUGGAACAGCUCCAGUCUGCUCCCCGUUCAGCAGUACAGCGAUCAUCUGGCCGCUGUGAAGGCCAUCGCCUGGUCUCCUCACCAGCACGGCCUGCUGGCCUCCGGAGGGGGAACGGCGGACCGCUGCCUUCGCUUCUGGAACACUCUGACCGGACAGGCGUUACAGAGUACUGACACCGGCUCACAGGUCUGCAACCUGGCCUGGUCCAAACACGCCAACGAGCUGGUCAGCACACACGGCUACUCCCAGAACCAGAUCCUGGUGUGGAAAUACCCCUCACUCACGCAGGUGGCCAAGCUCACAGGACAUUCAUACCGAGUGCUCUACUUGGCGGUGUCUCCAGAUGGCGAGGCCAUCGUAACAGGAGCAGGAGACGAGACGCUGAGGUUCUGGAAUGUCUUCAGCAAAACACGCUGCACCAAGGAAUCCAAAUCAGUGUUGAACCUGUUCACCAGGAUACGGUAAUUCACAGAGCAAUCCAUCCGAUCACGUGAACAAAUGAAAGCCUUGAACUCAUGCAUCAACUCUAGACCCUCGGACAGAGAGA